UGUAAGGAAAAUAGCAUUCAUUUAGUCACCUUAUUUCAGUACCGGUACUUCGCUUGAAAUUUACUAAGCCAAGAUAUGUAUAAAUAUGCAUAUCUUCUGGUCCUGAUGUUCCUCAUGUCUGGAACUGAAGGUGUAGAAACUGGUACGGGUUUUGUCGAUAGAAAAACCUGCAGAACAGAUGUAAAUUAUUUUGAGGUUCUACCUGGUACUGGAUAUGAUAAUCUACGUAACGUCGACAUGGGGCAAUUGGUUUUGAAUUCUUAUGACAGUUGUCGAUUGACAGAAGACAGACAAUACCUUGUGCCAGAUGAUGUUAUUUUUUUCCCAAUCAAACAUAGUGAGGUGGAACUCUUUGCGGAGUUAUUUGAACACUGGUUGAACUAUACAAGUGUAUCAAGUAAGUCGAUAAACGCCUACACAUCUUACGGUCCAAGUAUUAGUGGAAGUUUUUCAGAAGAAAACGAAUCUGUAAAGAAACAUCAAGUGUACGGUAAAUCAUCAACAAUUCGAGUUCAAGUGCGUCAUCAUUUGUAUACAGUCCGCCUCAACAAUCCAACUUUGCAUCCUGCGUUUAAGUCACGUGUAGUCGAGAUUGGCACACACUACAACGAUACACGUAUGGCCCGAUACCUGACUCAACUGCUAGUGCGAGACUAUGGAACACACGUGGUGACGGCAGUGGACGUAGGCGGAAUUUUUCUCCAGCAAGAUCAUGUCAGGAACAAUUUUGUCAGAGAUCACUCUUCAGAUAAAAAUGAGAUUAAAGCCGCUGCUAGUGCUAUGUUCUGGGAAAUUUCAGCUGGUGUUGGAUUUAAUACGUCUGUAAACCAAGCUAUCCUUGAAUCCUAUCUCAAAAGCCGCACAUACUCAAAAUAUCAGACGUUUGGUGGUGGUCCUUAUAGAGUUAAACAGACAAUAAAUGACUGGCAGGACGGGUUGCCAAACAACCUGGUUGCCAUCGAUCGACACGGAGAUCCACUGCACUAUAUGAUUACAACGAACACCUUGCCAGAUGUUCCUGCAUACAUGGUGCAUAUCGUCUCAGAUUUAAUCCUCGAAGAGGUUGAACGUUACUAUGAAGUGAACAAGCACGUAGGCUGCACUAAUAUGGAUUCAAUCAACUUUAACUUUAGGGCGAAUCAUGACGACAAGUCAUGUGCCGCACCUUACAAUAAUUACACAUUUGGCGGUGUCUAUCAAAAGUGUGAGAUGCAAUCAAAAUCACUUACCGAGAAUGUUUGUUCAAAGCUGUCACAGAAAAACCCUCUCACAGGAGACUUCUCUUGUCCGGACGGCUACGAAGCGGUUCAGUUGAAUUCGGGUUACGAUUUUUACACUAUCACUAAAACUAACUGCAGAGAGAGAUGCAGGUUCUUCUCGUUUUUUUGUAAAAAUGUAUGUGAAGACAUUCACGACACCACCAAAUUUGUUUACAGAACUUUCUGGUGUGCGGCUACUAGUUCUGUUCCUGCUCGUAGUGGAUACCUGUUCGGUGGUGUCUAUACAUUCAAUAUGGCGAAUCCAUUGACAGAAACAAAUGAGUGCCCGAACACCUUUCUACCAUUGAGGAUGGGCGUUGAGUUAUUCGCGUGUGUCAGUAGUGACUAUGAAUUAGGCUACAGGUAUUCUAUUCCAUUUGGUGGGUUCUUUAGUUGUUCAGCAGGAAAUCCAUUGGCAUUGCCAGGUAGCAACACGUAUGUAUCAGACAGCAUAAGUAAAGAAUCAAGUGAUAUCUCUUCGACAUUCAUCCGAGAAACAGGUCCCGGGGGUUGGCCUAAGCGAUGCCCGACGGGUUAUAGUCGACAUCUAGCUACCAUAGACAAUGACUGUGAAAUUGACUUCUGCGUCGAGGAAAAGGCGCUUUCAUAUUUGGGACUUCCGCCAAUUCAACGUCCUCCAUACUCUCGCAAACCUUUAGGUAACUACACAGCAAUUGAAACCAUGUUCAACCAACCAACUAACAUAACCAAUUCAGCAGGGUAUGGGAGCAUGCCUGAUGACAACCAAGAGAUGUACGGAGAUAAAGACAAAAAUGAUACGCAGAACACAAUAAUUGUUCUUUCCCUAUUAAGUGCUAUCCUAAUUAGCAUUUUGAUCGCUAUCGCUAUGAUGUACCGAAGAAACAGACGUAGAUCUAGAAGUUCACUCUCACCAACUACAUCAAACGAAGGCAACACUGGGGUGUCCGAGGACACAGAAUUGCUGGGAUGAUGGAAGAAGAAUGUUUGGUAGACUAUAUCAGCAAGAAGUAAAUAAUUUGAGUCCAAGUUGUUGAUUAAUUCUCAGUUAAUUGUAGUAGGCCUAAUACUAAUAAUAAUAAUGAUAGAUGAUGAUAAUAAAAAAUAUUAAGUAAUUGUGACAUAAUUAAGUGUGGUAAUAAUACCUAAAUAAUAAUAUGAUAUGGAAUAUAAGCAAUUAGUAGAGCUCCGCAUAGUACACUAUAGGAAAAUUAUUAUACGAAGGUUAGAUUUAAUGAAAUUUUUGAAUCCAUUAAAUCUAACCUAUAAGUAUAAUAAUUUUCCGCUAGUGUACGAUGCAUGCUCUACUAAUUGCUUUAUAGGUUAAUUGCCGUCUUUUAAUGUUAGUUUUGACAGGGCAAUUUGCUUUGGCUUUGAUAACCAAGACUAUGCGAUGAUUCCAUAACUACGCUAGGCUACGGCCAGGCCUAGCACUAAUUUCGUUCCUUGAGUCAUUAAAGUAGGUCUAGAAUAUUUCUUUUUAGUUUAUUAGGAUUCAUUAAUUCAAGGAAUUCUUUAUUUGUUCGUACUUAAUUAAUAUUGAACUUGAAGUAACUUUCUUUAGGUUCUAAUUAACCUUGUUUUACGGAAGUAUUUUUCAAUUACAAUUCAAGUGUCAUCGCGGUGCUCGAUAUCUUCGCGGUGACGGAAAAUUAGGUAUUUUCUUUGUACACGAACCUAAAAAAACAUCAAGCCGAGCGUCCACUAUUGAAAAAUUAUUGGACUGUGGAGGAUAGGGAAAUAAUAUUGGGAGUUCCAGUGAUAAGUCACGAUUGACUUUGAAUUAUAAUUGUAACUUUAAUUAUUUUUCUUUUUAAAAUUAUAAAUCGUAUUAUGAAUAUGAAGAGGGCCUAUUAUAAAUAUGAAUAUUUUAAAUAGAAAUAUAUUUAUAUUUAAAAUAUGAAUAUUUUAAAUAUAAAUAUUAUAAAUAUAAAUUAUUAUAAAUACAUUUCUCCCUCCAAUUAAAAAACCACUUUUGGGACCGGAGUUUUACUGGUCUUUAGCACCUCUGGCCUGUAAUUAGAAUCCCUCUAAAUGACUGACACUGUCGUUAAAUAUCACUAUUUAGAGGGAAAUUAUGAAAUAUUAAGUAAAUGUAAGAUUGUUUUAUUCGUAUUGAUUAGAAUGGAUUUACAGUCAUUGUAUGCUAUUAUUGAUUCUUAAUAAAAAAUUUCUCGGUAGGCAAGUCAUGCGAUCGUUCUACCCAAAUCUCCAUAAAAAUAUUACUAACAACACCUGUCCUACUAAAACUAUCAGUAGUUCUAUUCAAUAGAGAGCACUGUAUACACACAAAAAAAAUCAUCUUUUGCUAUAUAUUAUUUCGAUAUAUAGUCGUCAUAAAUUAUUUUCAAAAAACUGCAUUAAAAUCACUACUGUAAUUGAAGGAAAAUUAUUUGUAUGAAUGUUAUGACUAUGAAAAUAAACAUUAUAAAUUUUAUGUGACAUGACUAUUGGUGACUAUGGAGUACUGUACCACAGUCGUUUCGUCACGACGCCGGGUGGCGCUCUCUGUUGUCAAUAGACGUUGGUUAACGUCAUUACGCCUGAAUAGGCAUUUUAAAAUCUAAUAUUUUACCAUCAAAAUGUACUAAAACACAAAAGCUCGCAUUAUAUUACUUAUCGAACACAAGUAAUCAUCAAUUAAGAUUUACAAAAAAAAAGUAAGAUACAACAUCUUAAUAAUUACGUUAGAAAUUUGAUCAAUGGUUUUGUCAGUGAAGAAAAUGG